UUCAAUGUUGUUUACUUGUCAACGCGGAUUGUGUGCAAAAUGGCCAAGACCGGCAACAGAGUCAUAUCAAUUCACCCACCGUAUAUUAAUUUCAUAAGCGAUAGGUGGCACGAAGAGAACGUCCUAGUUACCAAUGUCAGCAAUAACUUAAGAACAAUCGAGUUACAUCCACCAAAAUCAGAGGAAUUUGAAAUGAAAUCCAAAAAGUCAGAGAGAGCCCUAGCUGCAGGUUUGACUGUGAAUAUACCAGUUAUAUACAAGGGUACAUUUGAUGGGUACUCUUUGAAGGACAGAUUGAUUAUUUGCAGUGGAGAAGACAGAGUCGAAGUUCCACUAAUUGUGUCUUCCCCAUGCUGUAUCUUGUCUGUUAGUGGAGAAGUAGAUUUUGGCUGCAUGGUGGGCAACAAUGAGGUGAACACAAGGUCUUUCGAAAUUAGAAAUGAAGGCUUUAUCCCAGGAGAAUUCAAGGUCAAGUAUUCAGGAAACACACCCUUGUUAAUGAGCCCAAAAGAUGGGGUUGUGCCUGCACGAUCAACCCAGUUGAUUACUAUUCAGUAUUGUGCAACUGAGCCAGAACAUUUCAAGAAGUAGCAAGAGUGAAACUUGAAAACAGUGAAACACGUCAUGUUAUCAUAUCAGGUCGUGUGAUAUACCAAGAAUUGGAACUCAUGGACCCAGAAACAGAGAAAAUUAUGGAAAAGAUUCAGUUUGGUUACUGCUAUUAUGGCUGUGAUUUAAUCCAGUUUGCCACUUUGUACAACAAUAGUCCGAUUCCUGCAAAGUUUGUUGCUGUUGUUGAUGAAAAGGCAGAUGGGGAAGAAACUGAAUGUAACAUCACUGAGCCUGCAAGUUUGGUGUUGAUGAAGAAAGCUGGAUUGGCUGAAGGGAAGAGCAACGUGCAUUCAGGCCUGCUUGAUAUCCUUCCAUAUGAAGGUACAUUGACACCCUAUGAGAAAAUACUAGUUGCUUUCUUAUUCAAACCUAGGUGGGAAUUAUCUCCAUUGGGCUGGAAAUGUUUGCAGGAACCACCUCCAAGAAGAGACUUUGUGCUCUUUGUAAACUUCAAUAUUGUUGGAAUUCCAUUUCCACCAGAAAAUCAACCUAAGCAUGGACUAGAAGUACCAAUAACAGGUACAGCUCUACCAGUACUGUUGAGCCUUGAACCAGAGAAGUAUCACUUUGGUUCCUGUGCUGUUGGAAUGAGAUCAGAAACAGAAGCGAUUCUUUUAAACUACUCACCUGUACUCCCUGCAAAUUACCAUUUUAAUAAUGGUGCUCAUUUCAGGGCCCAUCCUUAUAAAGGAGUACUUCAACCUGGGCAACAAGAAAGAAUCACCUUCUCAUUCAUACCAAAGCAAAUAGGUGCUCUACAAUCAAAAAAUGAUCUGCAAGUUCAGGAAAACAUAUCUUCCUUAUACAGUGAUGGUAAUCCUUUUAGUAUACAGAAAUUCAAAAGCGGCUUCCCAUACUAUGUCUCUCCAAAAGUCAUUUACUCUGCAGAUAUACAAAUGCAAGGCUUUGGUGUAAUGAAACCACUCAAUAAAGAUCCUAAAUUUAAUAUGGGUAUAACACCUUAUAUCACAAAUGAAGUGGGACUCUACAGUGAAAUUACUUUCGGUAAUAUCAAACAAAUCCCAAGAAAUGCGAUGGCUGCUGCCAGACACUAUAAGAUCCUGAAGGAGUUUAAAAGAUCUCAUUCUGAAGUUAUUUCUAGAAGUUUUGUGGCAAUGCCUAAUGAUAUGGCACAAAGCAUAAGACCUUCAAGAAAUGAUAAAAUAUUCAGAACUUUGUUCACAAAGAAGAAACGUUACACUUACAAUGAUCCAGACUAUAGCUAUACAAAGCAUGAACUAGAGCAGAUAAUCAUCAAUAAAAGCAAGUAUAAGGACUUGAUAUCAAAGGCCACCAAGAUGAAAAUACAUCAAAGCCGAGCUAUUGAAUUCAAGAAAUUCAACAAUGACGUUGACAUUGGUUUAGCUCAUGCUGAUGGAAUAAAACCCAAGAAAUUACAACUGUCACAAAUUCCUACCUCGACAGAAAAACGAGAUGCUGAGGAAAAGAUUAUAUGUUCCAGUCAGUUUUUCCAAGAUGGACAAAUUACAAAGAAACCUGCCAAUGAUGGACUUAAUGUUAUACCAACUACAAAUGAGGAGAAAAUUCAAUGUUCAAGACUACUAUCUCCUGGCCAGCUUCAUAAACUCAUGAUAGGGCCAUCAAAAAUCGAUUUUGGUAAAGUAUGUCAGAAAUCUGUAAAUACACAGAACCUGGACAUUAUCAAUACUCUUGAUAUGUUUGUUUUUGUUCAACUGCAUCUGGACUGUCCAGAAUUGACACAAACCUGUCCAUUAUCAAAAGUUGUUCACCCAUUCAGCAAAACUGGCAUCCCAAUAGUUUUUGAGUCAUACAACAAAGGAAUGUUCAGCACGUCCAUUCACUACACCAUCAAUAACUGCUACACCAGUUGCAUAUGUGUUCAAGCAGAGGUGGUGAAUGUGAAUCUAGAAAUACUCACUGGUUCACUGGCAGUGCUUAAUCCAAUUCCUUCCAUGCCACCAGAGUCAGCGUUUUCAGAAGUAAUUACUCUCUCCAAUACACUGAAUUAUGCAGCAGAAUUUUCUUGGAGAAACUCUUUGACAGACAGCGGGCAUGCUUUUAAUAUACGUCCUUCACAAGGUGUUGUUGAUGAAUUUAAGGACUUGGAUUGUGAAGUGACAUGGUUACCCAGUUAUAGCUCUCCUGAAGUUGGCUCGUUUACUCUUGAUGUCAAUGGAGGUCAAUCAAUCCUAUUAGAAUGCAGAGCUCAAAUUGGUUUGACUGCUGUACAGUUUUCUGAACGCCGGAUCACAUUCCUGAAUGCUCCAGUGAACCUCACCACGAAACAAGUGGCCACUUUAAUUAACACAAGCGGCAACCAUGCUUAUUUUAAGAUCCUUGAUCAGAACCCAGUGACCGGUAUGUACAUCAACCCAGCAACUGGUAUUGUGCCUGCUGGAGGAGAAGUUGAACUCAGGUUGUCAUUUACCCCAACAACUCUGGUCAAGUUUGAUUUCAACCUUGAGGUGGACAUCCGAGGAUGGAAGGUCAUAUCAGUGCGCGUUGGUGGAUUUGUGAACAACCCAUGCGUUGAAAUUGAUGUUCCCGAUUUCAUAUUUGGUGGUGUCUAUUGUGGUUCAAUGGCCACUAUUCCUUUCAAUAUCAUCAACAAGAACAACAACUUUACCCAAGUGGAUUUUGAUUUGUCAAGCUACUCAGACUUCCGACUUAACUUCAAUGUUCCACAAACGGAAGAAGAAUGUGUUCUCUACGAGAGUGACAUUUCUGGCAUGUAUUCUAUACAUGCGAAUGGAAAUACCAAAGUUGAAGGGAAACUAGUGUUUGAGCCAACAGAGGUUGCUGCUUACAACUUUCUCAUGCCAGUGUUCAUCAACCAUACAGCAGCACCAGCACCACCUCCUCACUCCUCACCACAUGAUUCCAGUGAGACAUCAACUGCUUCCAAACGACAUCUCAAUGCUCGUACCACCCUUGCUCAGAUUGUCACACCAAGACGGAGAGUAAUUGCCAGUGGGUUGAGGCCUAUUUUUGAACUGUCCGCAUACAAAAUUCAAUUCAGCUUUGUCUUCAGUUACCAUAAUGUGCAUCUCAUGACAGAGCAGAAAAAGUCUCAAGAGAUUGUUGUCGAAAAUAAAACCAACCACAACCUGCGAUAUGAUCUUGACCUGAAUAUUCUAGAAACAUACAACAAUAGAGAUGUUCUCAAGUUUGUAAAUAAAGAAGGUGAAGGGCUGGAGUUAACAAAAGAAGGAUUUAUUGGGCACCAUCUUCGACCACAUUCAAAAGAAGUUAUAUCAGUGAUUUGCUCUCCAAAAACCUGCACCAACUAUAGCUUCCAGAUUCCAAUUUACCUCAAUGAAAACUACAAAACAAUUCACAAAUAUCUUCAGAUCAGUGUUUUUGUGAGGCUUUCCUGGAUUGUGUUCAACCCAUCUGCAGUGUAUUUCAGAGUUCCAUUGCAAAUUGAAGACUCUGUCGAUGUUCUUAUGCAGCCAGUUGACUAUUUUACGUUUCCUGAACUGAAAGUUGAAUGUCCUAGUGUCACUUGUGAUGACAACAAAGUUAUUGAACCAUUCAAAGCAACUAUUCUUGAUAACGAUACUUCUGAGGAUAUCAUCUGCUGCCUUAGUUUCAGGUCUGAAAUUCCUGUCUCAUUUCGAGGAUUAGUCAAAUUCACAGACCAGUAUGAGAACUGUUUCCAGCUGACUGUCGUUGCUAUCGCAGACAACUGCCUUCUAAGUUGCUAUUCUUUCUUGGUUCAUCACCAAUUGGAUUACAAGAUUAUUUGUCAACCAGGUACAUCACUCAAAGGACCGAAGAGCAGUUCAAAUGAAAGUGUUGAUGCUGGAGAGGCCAUUUGUGUGCCCUGUGACUCCUCAUUGAAUUCAAUCAGUGAGAAUAGUUCCAGUGUGGUGACUUCAGUCAUAGAAGAAAGCUCAAUAUAUUCUUUUGAAUCAGAUCCAUAUGAUCAAUAUUCCUUCCAAAAAUAUAGCAAUGGAAUUUACGAUGGUGAAUGGACAUCUACACCAUCAGAGGAAACUGUAUUGAGCAAGUUGCAAGAACUUGGCAAAAUUGGAAGUAACAUUUUUCCUGAACAUGAUAAACAAAUCGGUCCUUUCCAUUAUUCAGUUCUGUAUGCUGUACAGAGAUGGUUUUCAGCAAAUGGCUGGCCUGGAGGAACAGUUUCAAUCACAGUCCCUCACUCUUUCCGAAGUGCUAUAGGUACCUUGGAAGAGAGGAAAUCACCAAAAGCACAUUCUGUUAAGAAAGAAUCAAAGACCAUUUACCACAUGCUAAAAUAUCUCACUGGGAAAAUUUUACCUGGAGUGAUACUAAUCCCAACUCUAUCAUCGAACUCAGCAGAACGUGUCAAACAGAUUUACAACCAACAUUACCUUCUUCUUGUCUUUUUAAAAUCUCAAGGAGCCUGUGUGGCAUCAAUCAAACCAGAGUAUUUAAUGACAUAUUCAGAAUUCUGUGUAUGGAAUGACACUAAGAAACAUACAUUAAAACCUGUGGGUUAUAUCGAUGAAGAUGAACGCCUGAAGGAAAGAGAAGUCUUUGAGCUGGUUUCCAAGAAGUCAUGGCUAGAUACACUUCUGCAGAUUAUCAAGUGUUUUGUAGUGUCCAAAAUUACUCCAAGAAUAUUCAAAAGCUUCAUCAUUGAUGACAGAGAAGUGAAGAUGCCAACUCUGAACAAGAAUCCUCUGUGUAGUAAUGUUUACACAGAAGGGGAAAGAAUUUUGCUUGCUUGGAUGAACCGUUGUUAUGAACAAAACCGUCGAAUUGUAUGGAAUGAACAUUCUGACACUGCUGUACCUGCAGCCCGUUGGAUUGUGAACUUUGACUUAGAUUUGAAAGAUGGUCUAGUCUUAGCGUGUCUGAUUGGAACCUACUUGCCUUUUAUGAUCUCUAGCCACAUUGGUAAAGUGUACACAACCCCAACUCAAAAAGAACAAUAUUUCCAUAAUGCAUUGAAGAUAGUCUGUGCUCUACGUUCUCUUGGAAUUGAGUACAAUAUUCAGGCGGUGGACAUAGCAAACCCCAACCCAAUCAACAUGAUACUCUUUUGUUCCUUUCUCUUCCACAUUCUACCGCAAUACUGCCCUAAAUCUACAUUGGAAUUUAAAGGAAAGCUACAUGAAUCAAUCACUAAAUUGAUUAAACUUACUAAUCCAAGUGUAAAGCUGCUGAACUAUUCAGUUUCAAUAUUUGGUGAAAGUGCUUCACGCUUCAGCAUCUCCAAAGGGAAAUCUAUUGCGAUCCCAGCCAAACAAACGGUUCAGUUGCCAGUUGCCUACAAUAAUACGUUUGUUGACUCCAAAACAGCAACCCUUGUUCUUACUGGGCGUCGCCAAGGAUCAGAACUUGGAACUCAUCUUGUCUUCUCUCUGGUGUCUUUCACAACUCAAGUAAGCCCACAGAAUGUUAUCUCAGUGGAUUCUCAUUGUUAUGAAACCCAAACAAUAUUGCUGGAAUUACAAAACCCAUUCCCUGUUGGCGGGGAAUUCUGUGUGUCAAUGACUGAGGAAAAUGUAGAGUCAUCAUCUAUAAAAGGUAUCUACUUAGGAAAAGGACUAUUUCAGACAAAUUCUCAAGAUCUCAAUAACCCUGUAAAGCGAAAUAAGAAAGUGAAAAGUUUCCACUGCCAAACACAAUCUAUUUAUCUACCAGAAUCUGGAAAAGGAAGUAUUGAGAUUAUUUUCUUGCCAUUCUUCAUGGGAUCUGCCCAUUGCAAUGUCACAUUGAAUAAUUCAGUAAUCGGUGAUUUUAUCUAUGAAAUUAAAGCUUUGUCCAAAACACCUUUGGCUACUUCACUGACAAAUUUCAUUCCAGAUAGAGAGGAAUCAAGCCCGUAUUUUGGAAAGAGAAAGAAACAUGUUGGUACCAAAGAACGUAAAACACUCGUAUACUGGAAGUGUGAAGUGGAGGAGGUUUUGCAGAAAGACGUCUGGAUUCCAUUAGUCAAUUCAGCCAAAGAAAAAGCUUUGAUUCAGUUAGCCAAAAUGCAAAUGACAGAAUUGGAGUUUUAUCGCCGCACACUUACCAACACUCUGGAAAGUUCUUCUCGAGCUGCUGAAGCUUAUGUUGCAAUGACCAAUUUAACAGAGAAUCUUCUCAGAAGUUGGCAUAAAGAACAUGGAGAGGAUCUCUCGCUCAUGGAUUGCAUGGAGGAAAGGAAGACUUUGACAUUCAAUAUCGAGUACAGUAACAGAAAUUUCAGUUUUCCAAAUACGAUCCAUUUUGAAGUAAAAGAAUCAAGAAAAGAGAACAUACUUGGAUUACAAAAUGAACAUUUCCGGGUACCAGUGACCUUUAGUGCUGAAUCCAGUGGACAUUUUGAAUGUCAAAUUUUAUUGUCAGCAAAGGACGACAUACGCCUUUAUAAACUUGAAUGCACAGCUUAUCCAAAAGGAAGUAAAAUAGAAAUAGAAUUUCAGACUCCUGUUUUACAGAAGACAGUACAGGAUAUCCCAGUUAUAAAUCCAACCAGUAAUAUCUGGAAACUGAAAGCUAUUGUUGAAGGAGAUCCAUUCUCAGGACCAGACAGUUUGGUUGUACCAGCAAAUGCCACUGCUUUCUAUCCUAUCUGCUACAGACCAGCACUAGAAGAGGGAUAUAAAGGAAAAUUAGUGCUGAUGAAUGGAAGUGCUGUUAUUGAAGACAUAAAUCUGAUUGGUAAUGCCACAAGCCCUCUCGCAAUGGGCGAGAUUGUUAUCACUUCUGAAGUGAAAGCCAAUGCAAUACAUGUAUUGAAUGUUCCAAACCGCACUAAGAAGAGGCUGACUUAUGAGGUACAAUCCAAUGUUCCAUUCACUAGUGGUAACCCAUUUGUGUCUGUGAGUAGCGCCCAAGUGGCCAUGUACAACCUCCACGUCAAGCCAACCAUGGGAGGUAACUUUGAAGGAAUCAUCAACUUCGUUGUCAAGAAGAGAGUGAAAACAGAGGUUGAUAGCGAUGGAGAUGAAGCUUACAGCUCUGACGAUGGAGAUGAGUACAUAGGCCAUAGGCUGUGGUACAUUAUCAAGCUGAACAUCCUCCAGGGUCCUCCAGAAUCCAUUCUACAUAUUUCAUGUCCUUGUCAGGAAAGCAAAUUGAUCAAAGUUCCUGUUGCCAACCCAAUAGAUGAGGAAUUAUCCCUUCAGACAAUAAUAGAAGGUCCACACUUAACUGGACCAUCUUCAAUUGAACUUAGUGCUGGUGAAAAAGUGACUUAUCCUUUGACAUUUUCUCCUCAAAGUAUCUUGCAUCAAAAAGGCAUGUUAAAAUUCUUCAAUCAAAACUUUGGUGAAUUUUGGUAUGAUUUGGUCCUCGAGAGCAAGCCCCCAUCGCCAGUGAAUUUGCCUUACAUGCAGUGUCAAUUAGGAACGUUUAUAUCACAAACAAUUAGUUUAUCAAACAAUGCUGACCAAUCAUUAGAUCUGAUACCUGAAAUCAGUGACAGUAACUUCAUCCUAUAUGAUGGUGGUGCUGAAAUAAAGAGCUUACAUUUGGAACCUCAUUCUGUUAUGAGUGUGACACUUACUUUUAAACCAUCAAUGUUGUCUAGCAGACGUCUACCUUGCAAAGUGAUCUUCCACAGCAAACGAAUUGGCCAGAUAACUUAUUUUGUAUAUGGUUCUGCUCUUACCCCUUCAGAAAUGCCUCCCCAGACAGUAUCUGCUGUAUCAGGAGCCAGUUCUACAUUUUUGCUCAACUUCCAUAACCCCCUUAAUGAAUUAGUAUACGUGAGUGUCAAGUUAUCAGAUGACAAAGUUUCUAUGGCAUCAGUCUUCAACAUUGAUUUGAUCAAAAAGACCAGUAUUUUGCUGGGGCCUUUUCAGACGUUGGGCAUCCCAAUAAUCUUCAGCCCGAUUACCAGGACUACGUACCGUAGCGUGUGUGUUGUAUCCAUUAACAGGUCAAAAGAAGAGAAAUGGCAUUUUAAAAGUCUAUCAUUGAAUACUAUAAACUGGACCUUCCCCAUUAUUGGAAUACCAGAGUACCAAGAUAUCGAACAGAUGCCUAUGAGCAUUUUUGAAUGCGAUGUACGAAACUCAGCUUCUUACCGGUUGGUGAUAAACUUGACCACAAACAUGGAUGACAUUGAUGAUACAGUACUUAGUGCAAAGGUUUUCAAUGGAAUUGACGAAACAUUCCCUGAAUUUGCAUCCGAUUAUGAAGGUGUUCUUCCAGACAUAUCGUUUCAUUUGGAAUUCCUGGAAAAUCAGGCUAGAAUAGCUUUAGUAAAUAUAGUCUCUCUCCAACUGCUCAAGACUUUCACAAAACAGGACAACCCUGAUCAUGUUGUAUUGAUUUUCAGUGUGAAUUUCACUCCAAUGAAGAAUAUCAAAAAUGUUACUCACCUUGCAAUCACUAAGAAGAAUGGGUGUGUUUGGCGUUUCCCUCUCACUUUUAUUGCUGAUAACCCCGUCAUUGAUGACACUAUAGUUAUCAAAUCUCUGAAACUGAAGGAGAAGUCUGUGGCUCGUUUUUAUCUCCACAGCAAUGAAAAAGUUCCAAAAGAAUUCCAAGUACAGAUGACUUCUGACAGUGACCCUGAAAUUGUAGUGACACCUAAAUUUGGUGUACUUCCUGUUGUUGGUGAGCGUGGGGUUGAAUUAAAUGUUUUGUUUACUCCAAUUGCCUAUGGCCAAGAGAACUUUGCUACCUUAAUGGUUCAGACGGAUUCAAUGCAGUGGACCUACGACAUCUGGGCUUACCUAGCAAAAUACGAACCCCCAAGGGGAAAAUCAAAGCCACCUAUUGCAAGACCUCAUCCCUUGCCACAGUUAAAAGGUCCUUUCAGAGAUUUUGUACUUGAGAACUGUCAGCUCACUCGAACUGCUGUGUCAUCUCCUAUCAAAGGGGCUCCCAUUAUUAAACGUCCACUGGGAUCUGAUAUGUUUUGAUUACAUAUUUCAUCUUUACUUGGCUUAAUUUGAGGCUCCUUAAAUAAAUAGUUUUUGCCAAAUUUGAA